AGAGAGAGAGAGAGAGAGAGAGAGAGAGAGAGAGAGAGAGAGAGAGAGAGAUGCCGUGCUCUACGACAGGAUCGUCUGAUGCGGGGUUGGUGGCGAGGAAGGAAUUCUUGAACGGGGAUGCGUACACGGGGAGGCUCAGUUGUGGUCUUCCCAACGGGAGGGGGACGUACAGGUGGGCCGAUGGGAGCGUGUACGAUGGGGAUUGGGCAAAUGGGGAGAGGCAGGGGAAGGGUACGUUCACCUGGCCUUCGGGGGCCGUCUACGACGGCGAAUGGUAUCGUGGCAAAAUGCACGGAAUGGGCGAGUACAAGGGGGUGGACGGCACGUGGUACAAAGGGGGUUGGAACGUUGGCAAGAAGUGCGGUCUGGGCACCAAAGUGUUCGCGAACAAGGAUGUCUAUGGCGGUCUGUGGAAGGAGGGCAUCAAGGAAGGGUUGGGUAGGUACACCUGGGCGGAUGGCAGCGAGUACCUAGGUGAGUGGCGGGGGGGACUGAUGUCGGGUCGAGGCACUCUCGUUUGGGCCAAUGGCGACAGGUACGAUGGUCAGUGGUUGGAGGGCCUGGAGCACGGCAAAGGGCUCUUCACGUGGGCUAACGGCGCGUGCUAUGAGGGUGUAUGGAAAAAGGGCCUGAAAGACGGCAAAGGCUUGUUCUACCCCCCCGGCUGCGUCAAAGCUCUGCGGUGUGAUCGCCACGGCGAGAUCAUCAAAGAAUUUGCCGAUGGCGGGGAGGGAUGGUGGGGACCAGGCGUGUGCGAGAACAACGAUGGAGAAGAGGAGAGUGGGUCUUUCACGAACAGCAGAGUGGUCGGGGAAUCUGGCGGAGUCGGGGGAGAGGGAUACGAAGGAGGAGGUCGAUCAGCGGGAGGGAGAAAAGGUGGAGGGGGAGGGGGAGCUGCAGAGAAAGCCCGUGCGGGUGCUGGGGGAGGCGGAAAACAGAGGCGGCCUUAUCGGAUGUCUAGUAGCAGUCGGCUGAUGAGUCACAGUGGACCGCUGACGGAGAGAGAAAGGAUGAUGAUCGUGCUGAAUGCGAGGGAGGUGGGUGGGGUGCUCGGCGGUGUGAAGCUUCCGAAGCGCCAUCCUCGACCGAAGGCCGUGAGGCCGAAGGUGCGGGCGAAGCUGGAGAGACAGUGGAGCGGCCCGCUUCUGUGUGGGCGGGAAUGGAAGGAAGUCGACGACGGGGGAGAGACGUUUCUUAAGAAAGGGGAGAGGGAGGAGGAGGAGAUCGAUGGCCGAAGGAAAUUGGCGGCCCGACGUCCACGGAAGAAGAAGGUUCCCAUCUUUCAGCCACCUCCGCUGGCUCCUCUGCCGCCGCUUCCGUCAUCGGUAUCAGCAGCAGCCAAGUCCGCUGGCGAUUCGGCGGGAGAGAGUGGCGCUGCCGUUGGGAAUAGGGAGGGAGGUAGCGAGGGGAACCAAGGGGUAGGAGGAGAAGGAGGUGGAGGUGCCCCUCACAAGAAGGGUCACGCUGCUGGUUACAGCGGCGACAAGAAGGGGAGCGUUUUCGAAAUCGAUCUGCACGAAGUGCGGACGUCGACCGCCGCGGCCGCGGAGGACAGCGGAAGCGGCGGCGGCGGAAGAGGUGGCGGAGCCAUCGGAGGAGAAGGCGAGCCGCGCCGACAUCAUCGCUUCACCAGAAGCGCAACGGAUUCCGAGCUUGUGGUUGGAGGAGCAGGCAGAAGUCGAGGAGCUGGAGCUGAUGAUGAUGGAGACGAGGCUCCUGCUGACGGACGGCGGCGCGAUGGUUGCGGGUAUGAAGAGGAGGAGGAGGAAGAGGAGGGGAACGCCGGACGGCAGCACCGUCCUCGCCGGCUAAAGCGCGCGGGAGGCGGGGUGACGGGGGCAAUUCACGGGGCGGAAAGAGCGAUAGCCGGAGCGAUACAGGGCGCAACUUCCGCGGUCUCGGGGGCUUUUCACGGCGCGACCAUGGCGUGCUCCGGAGGCGGAUUCGCGCACAUGGCAACGCUGUCCUCGGAAGCGUUGCUGCUUCCGGGUGUGAGCGAUGGGGAGGGGAAAGAGCUUGCGGGAGACUGCGCGGGCGGCGGGCACAAGAAGCCGCGCUCGCGCCGGCACAAGGUCUUGAUGAGGGAGUACGAGGACGGAGUGUUGGUGAAGGAGACGGUCAAAGAGGUGGUAGUCGCGACGAAGAAGAAGAAGGGGGAGAGAAUAAAUGAGAGAGUGAGGCACAAGUUUGAGCUCAAGAAGCAGGGAGAAUACAUCAUGAAAACUCACCGCAGUUACUUCCUGAUGCUCAAUCUGCAGCUGGGAAUCCGAUACACAGUCGGGAAAGUCAGCAAUAUGCCUCAUCGAGAGAUUUGCCCCGAGGAAGAUUUCGGUCCCAAAGCGGUCAUUUACCAGCGUUUCCCCAAGGCCGGAAGCCGCAAUACGCCUCCUCACCACUCUCCCGAGUUCUCCUGGAAGGAUUAUUGCCCCUUCGCGUUCCGAAGACUGCGUGAAAUGUUUGGUAUCGAUGCGAGCGAGUACAUGAUGUCGAUCUGCGGGAACGAUGCUCUGCGGCAACUGCCCUCUCCCGGGAAGAGCGGCAGUGUGUUCUUCCUGUCCAACGACGACAAGUUCAUCAUCAAGACCAUGAACAAGUCCGAGAUGACUGUGCUAUUGAACAUGCUCGAACGGUAUUAUCGCCACGUGGAGCGGUACGAGAACACGCUGUUAACGAAGUUCUUCGGAUUGCACAGGGUGAGGCCCUUUGGAGGGAAGAGCGUGCGGUUUGUGGUGAUGGGCAAUCUGUUCUGCACGGAUCUUGCCAUCCAUAGGAGGUACGAUCUGAAAGGGUCGACGUUAGGCAGGUCGACGGACAAGAGUAACAUCGACGUGAACACGACGCUCAAGGACCUGGAUUUGGAGAUGGUGUUCAAGCUGGAAGAGGGGUUGAGAGAGAGGCUGGUCCGGCAACUGGAGGCUGAUUGUCAGUUCUUGGAGGAACAGCGAAUCAUGGACUAUAGCCUGCUGUUGGGGUUGCAUUAUAGGUCAAGCAAAAGGCAAGGAGGUGGGGGCCAAGAAGGAGGAGGACGGGGAGGAGUAGGGGACGCGAGGAGUCCAUCGCCGCACUCCGGACUGCCGCCAAGGCCGAGGAAGAAAACAGGUGAUUUGGCCGACGAGGAGAAUGGGGAGGAAGCAGGAGGAGGAGGAGGAGGAGGAGGAGGACGGCGAAACUCCAUGGGAAAUCAUUGGGGAGUGGAAGAUGGGGGGACAAACACUCCCACGCCAGGAGGUACGGAGGCGGAGAUGGACGACGAGGAUUUGUCGAUCCCGAUGUCGGGACAGUUGGUCCUGCUGCAGCCAUCGACAGCGACGCUCAAGGCGGGAACGGGUGCAGGUCGGGACGUAAGGAAGAGCUGGGCAGGGCCGCAAGCGGGGGGAGCUGGGGGAGUGGGAGGUAGUGUUGGAGAGGGGCGAGGAGGGCAGCGGAACAUGCUUAGUCCAGCUGUCAUUUCGCGCGCACCGAAGAGGACCGACACCCUGCGUCCGAUGCUCGGAUCAGACUGCGGAACGGACGCGCUGGCCUUCCAUUUCGGAAGGUCGAAGGUGCAGCUAGGAGUGAAUAUGGCCGCGACGGCCAUCUCCGUCGAGGCGGGAACCCUUAAGGAGACGGAGCCAAAGCAAGUGAAGGACGUCGUGCUGUACUUUGGGAUCAUCGACAUCCUGCAAGAGUACGACAUGCGCAAGUGGGCCGAGAACGCGAUCAAGUCCGUACAGUACGAUGGGGCUGCCAUCUCCGCGGUCGAUCCCGCCCUUUACGCACACAGAUUCAAGGAAUUCAUGUUCAGAGCGUUCGCCUGAAGUAUCGACCAAGGUACUAAGACCACAUACAUGUACGAAUCUGUUCUAGAUGAUAAAGAGAGAACCUGUCUACGUACGGGUGUUGUGUACUCGUCAAGCGCAACUCCGUUAAAAGAGGGGUGAUUGUGACAACAACAGACUGUUUCGUCGGGCUUUCACCGAUUCAUCAGGAGGUUUGAAGCUGGCAGUCUGCCGCGUGUGUCUGUUUUUGCGCGUGUCAAAUACACACACAUACACACACACACACACACACACAGAGAGAGAGAGAGAGAGAGAGAGAGAGAGAGAGAGAGAGAGAGAGAGAGAGAGAGAGAGAGANAGAGAGAGAGAGAGAGAGAGAGAGAGAGAGAGAGAGAGAGAGAGAGAGAGAGAGAGAGAGAGAGAGAGAUUCUUUGCAGGCAGAUUGACAUAGUUUCGCCGGUCUUUCACUGACUCAUCAGGAGGAGGUUGAACCUUCUGUCAUGUAUACGGGUUUGCGCGCCUGUGCCAAACACAUUCUCACACACACACACACACACACACACACACGCAGAGAGAGAGAGAGAGAGAGAGAGAGAGAGAGAGAGAGAGAGAGAGAGAGAGAGAGAGAGAGAGAGAGAGAGAUUCUUUGCUGGCAGAUUGAGGAGGGAGGUUCGAGGAGGACCUGUGGGGGGCGAGUUUUGAUUAUUUAUGGGGGGAGGAUCCUGCAGGUUGGUUGAUCGGUGAUCGGGAGUGUAGAAAGCGGAGACUUCGUGGCGAGUGUUGAAGGGAUCCGUAUGAGGGAGGGAGAGAAAAAGGAAGGAAGAAGGUGCCGAGGAGGUAUUUGAAUGUAAUGAGGAUGUAUAGCCAUUCCGUUGUUCGAGAGAGCAGGGGAGGGAGGAGGGAGGGGAGAGUAUUCAAACCCUCAAGGAGCCCUCUUUUUUAUUUUAUUAUGCAGAACUUUACCAAGUUUGUUUAUUUGCGCCUUAUGGGGUUCCGUUCCAUUCCUCCAGCUAUUAAAAAAAGGAGGAAAAUCUGGAGAUGAGAGAGGUUGGGUUACGUUAGGUUUGGUGCAGUUGUGUUGACGUUGGAUGUUUACAUACAUGAAUAUGCUCAUCUUUAGUCGAUCAGACUGGUCAAUACAGUUAUGACUAGGUAGCAGGUAGGUAGGUAGGUGAGUUUAAGGAAAGCAACGGUGUUGUGUUCUGAUUGGAGAACGUCAUUGAGGCUUGAUCCCUUGUCCCCUUUACGAUGCGAGACUGAUAUUUUGCGGCAUGCUGUGUAUUGGCGGCCCGCUGCAUUGAUUGGACGAUGGCUGCAUUGGUCAAUACAGUUGUGAUUAGGUAGGCGACUUGAGCAAAUCAACGGUGGUGGUUUGUUCGGAUUGGAGAAGCUCAUCGAGGCUUGAUCUCUUGUCCUUUAAGAUCGGAGACGGAGGUUUCGCGGCCUGUUGUGUAUUGGGAGCCCACUCGCUGCAUUGUGUUAGACGAUGGCUGCAUUGGAUAGACGAUGAUGGCAUUUCAACU